AUGAGCACCGAAGUUAUUCAGACAACAGACGAAACUGUUGAUGAUUCACCAGCGAAACUUGAUAGUCAGACGGUGGUUUCUUCGAGUAUUGUUAUUCCGUCAACGUCAUCUGCAAGACGUUCAUCUCGUUAUGACGAUGAUCAACAUUCAAAGAGACGAGCCAACGAAGACAGUAAGCGGUCUCUUGAGGAGAGCAAACGUCCUCGUCUAAAUGUAGAGGAUGGCGAGUUCAAAAAACGCGGACAGAGAAUGUUUGGCAUGAUAUUGGGAACAUUGACAAAAUUCAAAAAUGAUAGUCAGAAUAAAAGUGAAGCUGAGAUUAAACGAGAACAGAUUGACCAGAAACUGCAAGAAAAACUGCGAAAAGACAAACAAGAGUUAAUGGAAAAAAUGAAACGAGAAGAACAAGAGAAGCGAGAACGAGCCGCGAAAUUACGAAAAGAAGAAGAAGAGAAACGCCAGAGUGAAUUGAAUCUCGCAAACUUUCUUUGCACCGUCACAGAACCCCAUCUCUACUACCUUCCCACAAGAAUGUCUUCUGCAGAUGUGGAAACAAUUGUCGAACAGAAACGGCAAUUGGCGUUGGCAUCUACAAGAAGGGAGGAGGAGGAUGAUGAUGGCGAUGGUAGAGAUCAUAGUGAAGAAAAAGAUCGAGGGGAUGAGGAAAAUGAAGUAUCUUCUACUUUCACAGUUUCAUCAACAAAAUCAGAGAGUAAAGUUGAAUCCGAAUCAAUGGUAACUGAAGAGGUAGAAAAGGGUACAUCGACUGAUAAUGAUAAAUCCACGGAUGAAACAACGACAGGUAAUCCAUCAUCGUCAAAAGAUGAACUCACCACCACACAAGAUACUAAUGAUACUACCACUGCAAAUACUACAACGGGAGAAACAACGACAAGUGAUCGGACAAAAAACGAUGAAAAAGAUGAUGCCAAAAAAAAAGACAAUGUUGAUGAUGGCGAUGCGGAUCCCUCGAAAAAUGAUCAGCAACAUCCAUCUAAUGAUGAUAUAUCGAUGAAGGAGGGUGAGGCCGAUGAAGUUAUAGAAUACUAA